AUAAUUAAAAUGCCAACAAUGUGUCUCAUUUUAGUUUCCUAAUUAAUUUCAAUUUAUAAAAUGGAUAAUAAGUCAAAUCUUGGUCACGAGAACUCAUUAAAUGAUACUGCUUGUAGUCUCACGAUUGAAGAAAUCAAUGAAAAUGAUGAAAGAGAAAGAAUUGAAGAAUUAACUCUCUAUCAAUCUGAAGAGGAUCCGGCAAGACCGUCAUUGGAAGUUCCUCUUCAUCUGUUUGCAAAUUCAUCUUCAGAAUCGAAAGCAGAAGACAAUUUAAUAUACGACACCGCUCAUUCUUUAAUUGAUGCAUCCAAUCAGGAUGUUGAUAUUGUUUGCACUCAAGCGGAAGAAAAUUGCAAUCAAGAAGACAAGGAUAUGGAUGAAACUGGCAUGUCACAUUUAAUGGAAUCAAUUCCUGAUUCUGGACCUCAUAUUAUAACUAUUAUUCAUGAUUCUUCUAAUGAUUUAAACGAACUUCAAGUUGAAGAUAAUGUUUCCAAGGACAUGUUGAAAAGAUUUGUAAUUAAUGCGGAAGGAAUUCAUCCAUCAAUUCGACCCAUUGACCAAUCAGAUUCUCCUACAGUGGAAUUAUUUUCAGAAAAAGACGAUAAAAAUUUGGAGAUGGAAUCUGAAAAUAAAUUGGUCGAACAUGAUUUUGAACUUGAGAAACAGCAAGUUGUGAUAUUUUCUGGUGAUAAUACCAACAUAGAUGACAAUAAUAUUACUAUGAAAUCAGCUAAUGACAACCAACCUAUGACAAUCACAUUGAUCGACGAUACAAGUGAAAUGUCCGAGACUGAAGGUAGUUGUUCUAAAAGAACAAGAUUGACUUCAGAAAAUGAAAAUUUUAUCUGUCAUCAAGAUCGAUCAUCUUUGGACUUAUCAUAUGAACUUGUUGCGGAAGUACAAAGUCUCGAUGGCCAAAUUCUCAAGAGAGAAGUCAUGACUCAGACUUCUUCAGAACCGAAAAAAUUGAAACGAAAACAUAAGGGAAGCCAUGAUGAAAAUUUUCCAACAAUAAGAGUGGAAAUUUCUGGUAAAGAGAGUUGGAAGAAAUAUAAAUGCUCAAGUUGCAGCCUUAAAUUUGUGACUGAAGAUCUAAGAGAUAUGCAUGUCAGAUGUCAUCAACAUUCAUUAAGAAAUUAUAAAUGCUUAUUUUGUGAAUAUACAGACUCACAAUGGUUAAAGAUGUAUAAUCACCUCUUUCAACAUGGAAUUGAGAAGCCGUUUAAAUGUACCAAAUGCGCAUUUUCGUGUAUUAAUAAAAGUGAUCUCAAUGCUCAUAUGGCAGUGCACAGCAAUCUAAAAGCGUUUAGUUGUGUCAAGUGCAAACGUACUUUUAAGCAUCGGAGAAAUAUGAUAGCACACCAGCGAACUUGUUCUGGUCUUGAUGAAUCUGGUAAACCACAAAGAAUAGAAUCUGAAGAAAAAUAUAUUUGCGAGUUAUGCAAAAGACAACUUUCAACGAAAAAGAAUUUAGAUAAACAUAUGGAAAUCCAUCUCGAUGUGAAACCGUUUGUUUGUGAUCAAUGUGGACAUUCAACUCGAUUAAAAGAAUCUCUGAUAAUGCACAAAAGAAUACACACAGGUGAAAAACCGUAUAAAUGUGACCAUGAACUAUGUGACUAUGCUACUCCAGAUAGAUCAUCACUAAGAAGACAUAAACGUACACAUACUGAUGAUAAACCAUACAGUUGUCAGUAUUGCAAUUACAGGUCCAUUCAGAAGCAUUGCCUCGAUACUCACAUGCGAAGAAAGCACACUGGAGAGCAGUUCGUUUGUGGUUUAUGUCACUAUGCUACGCACGAUAGAUAUGGUCUCAAUCAACAUUUUAAGCGACACCAAAAUCCAGACGGCACACUGACGCAUGAGAUUGAAAUUCAAGAUGAAAAUGACAAAGAAAAAACAGAAAGUUUAACAAAUACUAUUUCUGCUGAUAGUCCUAAAAGACCAGCUGCUACCUAUAUAACUCUACCUUCUGGAGCGGUAUUGAAAUCAACUGUGAUUGGUAAAGAUACUGUGAUAGAAGAAUCUUCAAAUAAAGAAAUGCAAGAAUCCGAAGAUAACAAAUCAGUUUUAAUCCAAGUUUCACAACAAGGAAGUAUAAAACAAAAUAAUAAAAAGUCUGUCACAUCCGAUAAUUUAUCAGAUUCUAAAGAAGAGGUGGCUAUGGUACAACUUGGUGGAUUAGAAGCUGAUUUAUUGCAACAAAUUCACCAACCAGGGGAUGCUGUUUUUAUUCAGGAUACUGGUGAAAUUGUGAUUCGAAGGCAAGAUGGCCAUUUAUUAGUUAUCCAACAGCAAGAAGUAGAAUUACCAACAGAAAGUAACGUGACUAACGAGAAUACAGAAUCUCAGCCUUCCAAAUCACUGGACUUAUCUGUUAUACCAAAAGUGAAAACAAACAUAACAAUUGAUGGAAACCAAAAAGAUGAAAGUUUGUCGGAAGAUAAAUCUUUUGAAAGUAAUAAUGCAGGAUGACCAUUUACUAAUUGAAGUUGAUAAACACUGGAAUCUAAUGCGUCGAUGAAUUCAUUUUAUUAUUAUAUAAUAUUGCUUGUUCAUUAUUUCUCUAAAUUUUAUUUAUCUUUUUCAAUUUACCACAUUCCGAAAUACACAAUCUCUGCACAGAAUGCAUUCUUCCACAUUUUUCUCAUUAAAAUAUAGUGAACAUUGAAGACAA